AUGGAGGGGCUGCUCGCGGACUACGGGAGCUCGGACUCCGAGGAGGAGGAGGUAGAGAAGAGGCCGGCCGGCGCGCCGUCGUCGGACGCCACGACGGCGCCGAAACCGUCGACUACGGGAGAUCGAUUCGCGAGCCAAGGGGGCGCGGCCGCUUCCACGAGCGCCGCGCCGAGGACCGCGCUCCCGAGCGUGGCUUCGCUCCUCGAGAGCACGGGCGUGGGCGUCGGGAGCGCGUCGAUGUCCCUCCUCGAGACCGGCGGACAGGGAGGGGACGCGAGAGGACGAGGCGAGGGGGCAGGAGGAGGCGUGAAGCGUCCCGCCGGCGGCGCGUUCGCGCGCUCGCACGUGCCCACGAAGAGCAGUCGAGGCGAGACGCGAGACAACGUCAGCGCGAAGCCGAAGAGCUCGCUGGUCCCCCCGCAGUUGCGAGGGCGGUCGAACAACGCGACGCAGGACCUGGAGGCGCUCGGGUUCAAGGCGAAGCCUCGCGUCGUGAAGAGGUCGUGA